AAGUUAAAUUUGAGGCCUCUCGGGGUGGAAAGUAAUACAGAAAGAGGGGACCGCUUUUGGAACAGAAAUGUGGUGGAGAUGAAAUUUUCCGUUAAACAUGACUGGAUGAAGAGGGUUCGUUUCCCCGAGAGCAAGCCGAACUACGGGAUGAGGGAGCUCGACCCCAUCCUGGAAGAGCUCACGGGGAACAAGCUUGAGCUUAUUGGCCCCAUGUUGGAUGGGUUUAUACAAGAAAUCGGGCUUUCAAUUCAUGCCAAGCUCGGCAGAUCAAGAAUGACUGGUCUCAUGGCACCCGUCGUCUUAUUUAUGCCCUUCCAAAUCUUCAAACAUCUGUGGGUCCUGGUACAAGGUUAUGGCGGAAACAUUGAAUCCUCAAAGAAAGGAGAGAAAAUAACGUUGACAAUCACACGACCCGACACGGCAGAGAAAAUUUGGUUGCCACCAAGAUUUUCAGGGGAGAAUUUUUUAAAGAAGCGACACUAUGAAAAAAUUCCUGAGAAGGGUCGAAUAAUUCAAACCUUCAGUGGCAAAUCAAUCGUUGUUGUCACGCAAGCAACUCCAAUUGAAAUAAAGAUCUCCAUGAAACAUCAGAGGAUCACCACAACUUUUUACGUUCAGCGCUAUGACCGAAAUGGUUUUGGGAAGGAUUCUAAUUUACAGAAACUCAUGAACUUGACCGAGCAACAACAGGACUGA